AUGCCCCGGCGCUGCACGCGCAAGAUGGAGCGCGCGUGCUGCACCCUGGGCAAGUAUCUGCCCGUCGUCUUCGUCUACGGGCUGACGACGUGGGCCGUCUGGGUGGUGGUGGUCAUUGGCAAGGUGACGUCUCAGAGCAGCUGGAUAGGCACCUCGUCGUCGGUCGUCGGCGUCUUGCUCUAUAUCCUCCUCAACUGGUCCUACACGACGGCCGUCCUCACAAAGCCCGGCUCGACGACAAACGACGAUGGCUACGGCCUCCUCCCGACCUCGCGUUCGCUCCCGCCCGCCUCGUCCCUGACCGUAAAGUCCAGCAAUGGCCAGAUGCGGUACUGUAAGAAGUGCCAGGCUCGCAAGCCCGACCGGACCCAUCACUGCUCGUCGUGCGGCCGCUGCGUCCUCAAGAUGGACCACCACUGCAUCUGGCUCGCCACCUGCAUCGGCCUGCGCAACCACAAGGCCUUUCUGCUCUUCCUCUUCUACACCACCCUCUUCAGCCUCUACAGCUUCGUCGUCAGCGGCAGCUGGGUCUGGCACGAGGUGGUGGAGGAGUCGGCCCGCUACGUCGACGCCCUCAUGCCCGUCAACUUCAUCGUCCUCAGCGUCGUCGGCGGCAUCAUCGGCGUCGUCAUUGGCGUCUUUACCAUCUGGCACAUCAUGCUCGCCUGCCGCGCCCAGACGACGAUUGAGUUUCUCGAACGGACGCGCUACAUGUCGCCCCUGCGCAGGAUGCACCACCAGCCGCACGCCUCGGCCAACCCCGUCCCGCAGGCGGCCGUCCAGUGCAUGGACGACCUGCACGCCAACGUCUUGCCCGGCGCCGACCGACCCGAUGAUCUUGAAGAGCAGCGCCCGACUGGAGAGGGUGCGCGGCCGGCGCAGCUGUCGUACGAAGAGAUGGAGCGGCAGCAGACGCGCAAGCGGUACGAAGAGUACCUGGACGAGAGCGACUCGGAAAAGCUCCCCAACGCCUUUGACCUCGGCUGGAAACGCAACCUGCUCCACCUCUUGGGGCCGUCACCCCCGUUGUGGCUUCUCCCCGUCUGCAAUACCACUGGAGACGGGUGGACGUGGGAUCCCAACCCGGAGUGGCUCAAGGCGCGCGACCGGUUACGACUCGAGCGAGACGAGCAGCGGGCGCGCGAGGUCAACGCAGGCUGGGGCGCAGGCGACGACGAGCCUCACAACCCCGGCGCCAACAGAGGCGCCUGGGGGGAUGGAGGAAUCGGCCCCGGGGGCCCGGGACCCGUCCACGGCGCCGCCAGGAGGGCGCCAAGCAAGGCGGACCGCGUGCUCGGCCGGGACCCGAACCUGUACGCCGACGGCACGCAGGGGGUGCGCAUGCAGCGGCUCAGCCAGCGGGGCAAGACGCUCGAGGACGACCUCUACGACACGGACGACGACGAGGCGGCGGCGGCGGCGGCGCCCGGCAGCGGGGCCGGCUCGCAGGCAGCGGCGGGCCGCGAGGAGGCGGAGCGGCGGGCCCUCGACGUGGUAACCAACGGGCGCGGGUGGGGCCGCGGCGGCGCGAGCGGCAUGCUGCGCAAGAGCAGCGCGCAGAGCGGGCGCGGCGAGGGCGAGGUCGUGACGAGUCCGCGCUUCCAGGACGACGGGGUGGAUUGA